AUGGUGUCUCCGCCUGAGCCAGUGACUCUGCAUGAGCCGAUGUCUCCACCUGAGAUGGUCUUGCUGUCCAAACCGGUGUCUCCACCAAAGUCUGUGUCUCCACCCGAGAUGGUGUCUCCAUCCGAGCCAUUGUCUCCACCAGAGCCUGUGUCUCCACCCGAGAUGGUGUCUCUAUCCGAGCCUGUGUCUCCACCCGAGAUGGUGUCUCCAUCCGAGCCAAUGUCACCACCAGAGCCCGUGUCUCCACCCGAGAUGGUGUCUCCAUCCGAGAUGGUGUCUCCAUCCAAGCCAGUGUCACCACCAGAGCCCGUGUCUCUGCCUGAGAUGGUGACUCCACCUGAAACGGUGUCUCUGUUUGAGCCAGUGUCUCCACCUGACCCGGUGACUCCAAUGGAGUCUGUGUCUCUACCUGAAACAGUGUCUCCACCCAAGACAGUGUCUCCACCUGAACCUCAACUCAAACCUGUGACUCCUGAGUGUGAGCCUCAACUUAUCUCAGACCUGCUUUUUACCACACUCAUGUGGGAAGAAAUAUUGGAUCCGCUGGAUGAGGAGGAGGCAGAGCAGCAGAAACUCGCCUAG